AUGGCUGCGAAAAAGCGAAUCAAAUCUCUCGUAGAAAACAACACGGACUCGCCGUUCAAAAUACUGGAUGUGCGCUCGAUAAACGACGACGUGUCGAAACAUUGUUUUGACGUGUUGCAGCAAACCGAAGCUGCACUGUCGGAUGAUUCGUCUGGCAGUGAGAAGGAACUGGUGAUCGACAUGGCAGACAUGGAAGAAGAGUCUCAAAGCGGAGAAGAAAAUUCGACCUCUGACCCGCUGGAAGUAUUAGUGCUGGAGACUGAAGCUGGCAGCCCUCAACCAAAAGCCAAAUCUCCCGCACAGGUGAAGCCUGCCACAAGUGUACGCACAUACCGAAGGAAAAACCAACAUGUCUUCAAGCGGGAUGAGCUCAGUGCACCGGGGGAACCCGCCGAGCAGAGCAACGAAUCGACCGAGAUGAAUAGCACUGAGGAGAGCUUAAGAUCGAACCAUAAUAUCAUGAAACACAUCGCGUUGGUUCGGACGGCCAUUAACCAUGUGAUGGAAAAGUAUUACGAAACGAGCUUCUCGUUCCCCGCCCAUACAAACGACUUUGAAACUAUGGACGCUUGGAUCCAAGCGUAUAAACAGAUAAAACAGGAUGCUGCGGCAGCUAAAGAUAGCCAGGCAAAUCUGGCGAAGAAAUAACAGGACGUCUAGACUGUCGGAUACGUAUUUUAAGCAAACUGUAUUACCGCGUAGAGUGGAUAUGCACUAUUUUGUUACGCAAAGGGUUAUGUUAAGAUUAAAAUGUAAGUGCCAAUAAACUUG